AUGGUUGGUGGACCGCGUGAGAUAGGUUGUGGCGGCAUCACGCUGAUAGGUAUCAGUAAAUUGGCGAUGAAGAUCACACGUGCAGAUGCGAUUAGAAUUACAGGUACGAUAUCUUGGAAAGGCUGCCGACGUGUGAUGCAGCGAGUGGUGAUUGCGAGGCAAUACGGUGGCUUGAGGGACUAUACGAAUGCGAUCGGAUGUGGAGGGGAGAAAUCAGUGACAAUUACGUUCACUAAACCUAAGCCAUGA